GCAGCCGCUGCUGCAGCUGCCACGGCAGCUGCAGCAUCUUUCUUGGCAGCAAGGCACGAGUUGCCUCGAACUCCGGGCCCCCGCAGCCCGCGAAGGGCGGGGGGUGUAGCGGUGCCUCCGUGGGCGUAUCGGGAGCUGGAUGACCAUGAGUUGGGUGAAUUCCUCAAGACUCGCGAGGCCAACAUCACGGCGAAGGAUGAGUCGCGAGGACGAGGCCGUCACCCAACCAGGAGGACGAACAGAGCAAGCCGAUCGCCCUGGGGGAGGUCGCCAACCCCGCCUCCGACGAGAUGCGAAGGCUGCCGGCGCCGCUCCACGUCAGCCCCGGCUCGUCUUUGCACAGCGCCACUUGUGAAUGCGGUGCUGGCCUCGGCGGAGGCCUUCUCCGAGCUUCCGCAGCCGUGGAACGUGAGGGACAACUCGUGCAUCCGGCUCCUUGGGGCUAAGAUCCGGGACAUGCAGACCGGCCUGCAGAGCAACCUCUCCGCCAUCUACGGCGGCGUCGACUUUGGCCUGGACCGCUUCCAGCUGGGGCAGCACACGGCCCUGCGGGGUGCCGCGCUGCCCCAGGCGCGCCGCUGCUGGGAGCUGCCUUGGCCCAGCCUGGCCGCUUUGACAUCACGGGAGUGCGCGCCUGUACCUUCCACGACAGAGCGGUGA